GGUCAUAGAAGGGGGUUGCUGCGCACGCGUACAAGCCGUAGACGCGAGCGGCAACACCGCUCACGGUGGUGAUUUCUGCGCCUACCUCAAGAACGAGUUUGGUGCCCUGGGGGUCCGCCCGCCCACGGGGAAAUUCGGUAUCGAGUCAGUAUCAUGCUUGUACGUAGAUUUGGGGACCUGGCUAAUACAUAUGAUGGCAACAGCCUCGUGGGCACCUUUGGAGGCUCCGGGAAGGCAGUCUGUAAGAAAACAGACUUCCGUUUCAUCGUCGGUGGGGGCACUUGGUAUCCGCCUUCCAAACAGUCAAAGUGCGGUUGCACGGCGCCGGUGUAUGUUGUGGAAGCCGGACUGCCGUCGUUUGACCACGCAAAUAUGACACUGUACCUUGCGGGUGAUCAUCACCCCCGGCUUUCAUUCGACUUUGGCCAAACGAUGGAAGUACACUACGAGCCUUCGGUUUCGCACGACGAAGUCGUACGCUACUCUCGGCUGCAGAACCUUACCGUAGGAGACCGAGUUCUCAUGGUGCAUGGAAACGCCACGGAGGGCUCCGACCACUUCCUCGGACUGCUCAAUGAUGGCGGUGAUGAAUUCCAGAUCCUCCUAGAUCGCGCCUUCUUCAGAACCAACGCAACGCUUCGCAGUGUAGUUGUUCAGAUGACCGCGGAGUUCAGUCAUCUGGUAUCCCAUCCCGACAGCUUGAUUCCACAAAGACAGGUUGAAAGCAAGGCAGCAGUAGCUUUUAAUGUCAGCGAUGCCAGUAUCCUGCGCAGUGUUCUCGGGACGCCUGCGGUAUUAGGAACGAAGAGACCGGCCGAGAUUCCUCUGGUCGCGCCACACUAUGCGGAUCAGCUUCCUUUGAUCCUUAGCAAGUUAGAGCAGCUUACGCAUAUCACACUGCCCGAGAAGCAGAAAGCUCGUCUUAGAGGACUCACGGACACAGAUUUAUCGUUGCGGGAACUUAUUCUUAUCGUACUCCUUGGUCUGGUUUGUUUUGUAUUUGCGCUGAGGACACCUUUACGAGCCUAGAUUGGUCGUCGCUGGCUGUGACGGAAAGGGGAUGCUCGAAAAGGAGGCGCUCUGCGGUAGCUCCGACUUAUACGAGAACCUACACCCACUGUUUAUCCUCUGAAAUAUCCUUAAUCUAGCUCUUCUAUCCUAGAGAUCGUGUUUGAGUCCUCUGUUGGUGUGAGGCCAGGCAGACGCGGAUAGGCUGUUGCCAUCUAAUCCGAAGAGAAGGCGGAAGUCGUUAUAUACUCAAAUCGUCGAACAGGGCUAGGUCUGUUUGUUUUGGUGGUCGCCUC